AUGUGGAUUCUUGAGCAACUCGCGCGUCUUCUCGACAGGCCGCUCUUCCCUUGGAAGAACGUCCUCGUUGGCUUCUCCGUCGGCCAGUUCGUUCUGGAGGGCCUUCUGACCCUUCGUCAAUAUAAGGUGCUUCAGCGUACCAAGGCCCCCAAGGUUCUGGAGGGAGAGGUUACCCAGAAGGUCUAUGAUCAGAGUCAGGCUUAUGGUCGCGCAAAGGCCAAGUUCAGCAUCUUUUCCGGUCUCUACGGUCAAAUCCAAAAUCUUGCUUUCAUCUACGGCGAUGUUCUUCCCAAACUCUGGAGCGUUAGCGGCUUGCUGCUCGCGCAGUAUCUCCCCGGUCGGUUCCAAGGCGAAAUCUCGCAGACACUCGUAUUCAUCUUCGGUUUCAAUAUCCUCAGCACUAUCCUCACGCUCCCGGUCUCAUAUUACCAGACCUUCGUGCUUGAGGAGAAGUUCGGUUUCAACAAGCAGACUGUUGGUCUCUGGGUUACGGAUAUGCUCAAGGGCCAGAUGCUGGGCAUAGUUCUCGGAGCUCCCAUCAUCAGUGCCAUUCUCAAGAUUGUCCAGACGACUGGAAACUCGUUCUUCUACUAUCUGUGGCUCUUCGGUGUCUUCCUCCAGGUGUUUGCGAUUACUAUUUACCCCAUCGUUAUUCUGCCGCUGUUCAACAAGCUGUCCCCUCUCCAGCCCGGUGAAAUUAAGACUGGUGUCGAGAAGCUUGCCGAGAAGCUGAAAUUCCCGCUUUCAGAGCUGCACGUCAUCGAUGGUAGCAAGCGCAGUGCCCACUCCAACGCCUACUUCUAUGGUCUCCCCUGGAAGAAGCACAUUGUCAUCUACGACACCCUUCUUGAGAAGAGCGAGCCACAAGAGGUGGUUGCUGUGCUGGCCCAUGAGCUUGGCCACUGGAAACUCAGCCACACCACCAAGCUCUUCGGGAUUGCCCAGUUCCACAUGUUCUAUAUUUUCUCUCUCUUCUCGGUCUUCGUCAACAACAAGUCUCUUUACCAGUCCUUCGGCUUCAUCAAGGAGCAGCCCAUCAUGAUUGGAUUCCUUCUGUUUUCCGAUGCUCUUGCUCCCAUGGAUGCCAUUGUCAAGCUGUUGAUGAACAUCCUGAGCCGCAAGUUCGAGUUUGAAGCUGAUGAAUUUGCCCAAGGCCUCGGAUUCUCUGAUGAGCUUGCUGCCUCUCUCCUCAAGCUGCAGAUCCAAAACCUGAGCACCAUGGACGCUGACCGGUUGUACGCCAGCUACCACUACUCACACCCAAUCCUGACCGAGCGUCUUGCUGCCCUUGGCUGGCAGGGUGGAAAGGUCACCAGCUCCAAGGCCGAGGAUAGCGAAAAGCCCGUCAAGGCCGCUGACCGCGAGCUUUAA